ACAUAUCGAUAAGAGUUUUUGCAUUUUCAAUAGUGCAAUCGAUGAUUUUGCAACACAACCAGCAAACGCUGAGUUUUGGUUUGUUUUAGUUACAAUAAUCGCGAAAACCUUUAAAGAAAACUACUAAAUUACGUUGCAACCGAAGGGAUUGGCGAGCUGUAAACGUAGUGCGUUUAGGACAACGCGCAGGAUGUGGCCACAAACGCUGGAAAUGUCCCGCGACGAGUGUCGAGGCAUGCUGCGUCGACUUGAGCUUGAAUCGUAUUCGCAUAUAAUUAGCGUUUUUCGCGCCCAAGGCUCGCUUAGCGAACCAAAGGCAAAGCUGCUUGAAGAAUUACGCCAACUGUUUCACAUUACCCAGGAGCGUCACUGUGCCGAGGUGCGACGUGCUGCUAAUGAUGAGCAAUUGUGCACAAUUGCUGAAAACGUCUGCGGUCCGAACACAUGGCAGGAAUGGUCACGUGAAGGUCGCCGGCCGUAUCCGCUGCUGCCACGCAUCAGUCCCCAAACGGCACUGAGCAUUGUGGCCAACGAUCUGGCGGCCAAAGCAUAUGCGGAAAAUGCCAAACUUGCUGCACCGCUCGAAACUGGCGCCAAUCUGAGUGACGCGCUGCGGGAACAGGCCAAUUAUCUGAUGCUCAAGCAUGGCAUCGCCAAGGGCCAGGAACCACAUGUCGUCAUGGAUGAGCCGUUUAAGGUGCCAGAUUUGCCCAACGAAAUUAAGAAAGCAACCCUAAAGCGGAAGGAGAACGAAGCCGGCGAUGCCAAGCCCAACAAGAAACGGAAUACACAGCAUGAUAAGCAACUGGGACAUGGACAGGGACAGCAAUCAUCUGCACAGGAUGAGGAUGGCCAAGCGGCGCCGCUGGAGCACCGUCCCAAUGCGCGCACUCUACAGCAGCGGUACUUUUACCAACAGCAGCAGAAGCACAAACAGAGAUUGACCAGCAAAAAGGGAGCUGGAAAUGCGCUGGCUAAUCACAGUGGCGUGGCUGGUGCUGGGGUCAAUACAAAGCCGGCCAAGAGCGGCCGGAGGCGAGCACAGAAACAACUCCAACAGCAGCUGCAGCAAAAACAACAGCAGCUACAACAACAGCAACAUAAAGUAUUAUUGUCGGAACCGACGGCGCAUCCAAAUUCCAGUCACUUGGUGCAACCUCACGUGGAAUAUAUACUCGACGAGGCGCUCAAAUCGGUGGCAGCGACCAAAUUAAAGACGCUGCCCGCAGCACGAGCUGUUUAUGCCACGCCGGAGCUGCAAUCUUCUACAGCUUCACCAUGUUCAAUUGUCAACACGCCUGUUGUGCUGAAGGAGAAGAUGUCACCAACAGCGCAGCCACAACAACAACAACAGCUCAGCACACCGGUUAAGAAGUACAUUGUUGAGGAACGACAACCGACAGUUGCAACUGCAACAGCAACAUCAGCUGCUGUAGCUGGAGCGGCAACAUCAACGGCAACAGCAACUCCUGCUAAUGUUUCCACAGCCAAUUUGCCGCUGGCACCACAAAUCAUAAGCGUGCAACAGAUUGCAGCGCCACCGAAGGUGCGCACAACAAGUAGCUCCAUAUUACCGCCGGGCACUAAGCUGACGCCCAAGAAGAUCAAUCUGGUAGACAAACAGCAGCUGCCUUCAGUGGCAAGCACUGCGCUGCGUCUGCUGUCCUACGAUCAGCAGCCAACGCAGCUUAGUUCCGUGAGCAAUCUCAGCAGCAAGGCGCCGGCAACGGCAGCUGUCCAGAAAUACAUUGUGGAGGAGCGGGUGCCCAGCCAGAGUCCGAAUAUAGCAACGACGCCACUGAGCAGCGCCUCAGCUGUAAAUAUUAUUAAGAAUAUACCAGUGAGCAGCUUGAACAACACGCUGAUUACGCCGCUCAGCAAUUCCGUGACGCCAGUUGUGCCCGUAUUCCGCAAGGCAACAACGACCACAACGGCAGCAGGAGCAGCAGCAGGAGCGGUAGGAGGAGCAGGAGUAAACGCUAGUGCUUCACCCUCGACGCCACAAAUCGUGGGCAACAUUAAGCUGACCAGUGCCAGCGGCAUUAAGCAUGUGCCCAGCAGCGCAUUGCGUAAUAUUAAGAUCUGUUCGCCCAAUGGAAAGGUGUUCCUUCAGCCCGCCAAGCUGCACGCCGGCAGCAUCAUUCACAAGCUCAACACCGCGAAUGUGGUCGGCUCCAGUGGAAGCACAGCCAUCUCUGCCCUGUCGCCCAGUGGCGUUGGGACGCCGACUUCGCCACAGCCAACGCAGCAGAGGAUUACGAUACAAAAGAUGCAAUUGCUGACGCCCACACAGGUAAUCUCGAGUGCGGCGAGCGGGACAAGCAGCGUCAGCGUGGUGUCCAGCAUUGCAGGAAGUGGGGCCAAGGUCAAAUCUACCACAUUGACCUUGGGACCAGCGGGUGUGGGCAAGAAUAACUUGGUCUUCCUGCCCACGAGUGGAAUGCGUGCGGUUACAUUGGCCUCCAGCAAACCCAAGUCCGGCACAGAACUGCUGACGGCAAAGCCCAAUGUGCUGGUCAUUGGUCCAUCUUCGUCAGCUAAUGCGGCCAGUAAUUCACCAACAGUGGUCGCCACCACGUCCAUUAUGAGCAAGGCCAAGCCAAAUCAGCUUAUUACGGAGGAUACGCCUAUUGAUAUCAUUAAUAUGCCCAUCAUAGUGGCCGAUAAUGGAGCAAGCGAGACGAAGACGACAGCCAAGACAGCGCCGAUGGUGGUGCUCAAUGCCACCGACUGGGAAAUGGAAUUGGAUCAGGCUUCCAAGGCAGCUGCUGCUCCGGCCACAAAUGCAGCCACAACCACAACAACAACCGUAACCACAACACUCACGAAUGCUGCGAGCUGCAAGAAAUUGCUGGAGGAAGUAAUUGUGGAAGAUGUGAGGGAGGAGGAAGUGGAGGCAACCAAUACACAGCUCAACAAUCGGAUAAUUGAACUGCAGGAGGAAGACGGCAGCGCAAUUGAGUAUGUGGAUAUGGAACUAGAGCAGCCAUUAGAAAUCGAGAGUACCAGCAACAUCUCGCCGGAGACGAUGACCAACAGCAGCAGCAUCACCACAACUAUCAUCAGCAGCAGCAGCAGCAGCAGCUCCACACCACACAAGGUCACGUCUACGUUGGAGCAGAAGAAAGCGGAGCAGAAGAAACUGGAACAGGCAACAAAAGUAGAAGUUGUCACGGCGGCAUCCACAACCACAACAAGACUCACAGCGACAACAACAACGUUGCCAUAGGCGUUGUUUUCAUUUUAAUCAUGUUAAUUAGCCACGAGUUUGAAUUUGUCAUUAUGAUUCGAUCCGAGAGAGAACGCACAAACACCAGCAUAUGCGACAAACAGCCCGGUUUAAUUUUAGCAUUAGUUAUUAGCUUAGUUUCGAGUUCUUUAAGCAAAGUGCAACAUUAUCAUUAUAUUUAUAUGUAUAUUCAAAUAUCUACCCCGUGAGAAUCAAGUUCAUCUAGUUCUAAUUCAUAAAAUGCAGACCUUGUUUCUAUUUUUAUUUUUUGGCGCCAACAAAAAAAUUCAAUAUGAUUUCUCCAAGCUGCCACCAUCGAAAUACCUUAAUAUUUGUAUACAUUGUAAAUAGCAUUUCUCUUUUAUUUAGUUAAGCAUUUUAAGUUAAUAACGAUUGCAGAAAACAAAGAGGAGAACAGAACAGCAAGCAAAUCAUAAGGAAUAAGAAUAAAAUGUUUUCAAUGAGAUUAUAGUAUUUAGUUAUCCGCUCCAUAAAACGUGGCCGCUAUUAAAAACAAAAACAAACAAUUAAAAAAAGUUGUAAAUAUCUAAGUAAAAAACACAUUGAAGAUUAAUUUAACAAAAAAAAAAACACAAAAGCUAACAAUCGUAUAAUUCUUGUAUAUGUACCAUGUAAAGAGUAGUUGGAAAUAAAUUGCAAAGGACAAAAAGUUGAAUAUAA